GCUUUUUUCAUUGCGAUCGUACUGACAAGCAGCUGCAAGCUGGCCUUGCAAGGUCUCUACUGUGACGAUCACGCUAAUACAUGCCGGUGCGAUGAACCAAGUCGACUCCGAAAAUACCAAUCGCCAUGGCAGAGAAGAACCUCUGACUGGUCAUGAAUUAAGAGAUAUCAAGGAUGCAGCUGAUCUCUAUCAGUCUGGUUCAUUCAAGCUUCAGAUUGAUGCACUCCUUCCUAAUGUCCGACCUAAAGAGUCUGGUCGACAGCAGCUCGAUCACUUUCUUUUUGCUCUGCGCGCCCACUGCAUCUCUAUUCCUUCUAUUGCACCUCUGAGUCCUUUGGCAGCUAUGAAAGUCCUUGCUAAGCAAGGUGUCGCAGUUCCAUCUGUGUUCCCUCUCCCGGCUCCAGAUGUCAAGUGGAAGGUUGCAUUCGAGCCUCCAAGGGAAAUCUGUGUUGUUGGAAGUUGGGGAAACGGAAUCGCGGUGAAAAAGCAGAUUGGCAGUCGGUUUAGCGUUGACCUGUCUAUGGAGAUGCCCGAGGCUCUUUUUCAAGAGAAAGAUUAUCUCGAUGGGCGCUUCUUCCACAAGAAGUCCUAUUACCUCGCUAUUUUAGCCCAAUCUAUUUCAACCGCUUUUGACGUGGACACCUUUUACUCAUCUGCGCUUGGAGACCCUCGCCUCACCACGUUGGUUCUUAGGUCACGGAAUGGGAGUGCAUCUUAUGAUUUUUCCAAAAGUCAUACUGAAGUUCAUGUUAUCCCUGUCCUUUCGUCAUCGAGUCCGUUAUCACCGUCAAGGCUCUUCCCCUCACAUUCGAAUGUCCGCGUACCUUCGUCCUCGUCUCCACCAAAUUUUCCUACUCCAAUCUACAACAACACCAUCCUUCUUUCCACAUGUGCAAAAGAAGCGCUCAUGUCCACUCAUGAACUCAAAAAUGCACUGCCAGCCUUUCAUGAUGCUUAUACCCUUUUAAGAGUGUGGGCUAACCAGCGAGGUUAUGGCGAUGGUGAAUUAUGUGUGAGAGGCUUUGAGAGAAAAGGCUCGUUUUGGGCCGGGCUACUGCGCUAUUUGAGUUUGGGCGAUGAACUUGUUGGCACGAAGAGCGGGAUCGCAAAAUUGAGGAAGCCGCUUGGAAAGGGAUUAAGCUCUUAUCAAUUGUUCAAAGCUGCGCUUGAUUUUCUUGCAAAGCACAAGUUCGGGGAGACUCCGGUGUUCACAAAGACGACUAAUGGACACAGGUGCCCUCCAGAGGAGUACAUUACCCACCACCCAGCCAUAUUCGUAGAUGCAACAUCUACUAUCAACUUUUUGUCUGAUGUUCCUCUUACCUCACUUGACUUGCUAAGUCACGAUGCUAAGGAGACACUAGAGCAAUUGAGCAACCCUGGCGCAUCGUCUGACACGUUUGCUGACUGUUUCCUGAAAAGUCGGUUUAAAAUCUCCUCUCGCUUUGAUGCGGUGAUCAGAGUGAAUUUGUCGCAAGCUUCUCGAAACCAGUCUACUUCAACUGUCAUAGAACAUGGGUCUUCUGAUGCAGCCCUUCUGGCCUCUAUUUCAUCCCUCCUGCGCCGAGGUCUUGGCAAUCGCACCCAAGCGAUAGCCAUCCUUCAACCUGUUACCCCUUACCGCCCCAUGUCCUCCGCAGAAAGCCCCAGCACGUCCAUAAUUCACAUCGGGCUUAUCUAUGAUCCUGCCCAUGCUUUCCGUCUUGUUGACCAUGGACCUUCUGCGGAAGACCAAGACUCAAAUGUUGCAAAGGAGUUCCGGUAUCUAUGGGGCAGUCGUGCUGAGCUUCGUCGAUUCAAGGACGGUCGUAUUACGGAGAGUGUGGUUUGGGAGGUUACGACGUCCGAUGAGCGUGCACAUAUACCGGUUUCUAUCGUCCGACAUUUGCUGCAACUCCAUUUUGGCCUUUCUGCUAAAUAUGCGAGAACGUUGCAGACACCAUUCGACAACAUACUCCAAUUGCCGGAUGAUGUUCGUCGUCUACAUCGGGCUACAGGUGGGUGUAAGGCUGCAUUAAUAGCAUUCGAUGGUGUCGUCAGGAGCCUGAAAGCACUGGACGAGCAGCUACCACUGGCACUGCUGAACGUCAGCCCCAUAUCUGAAUACCUGCGGUAUACCUCAACAUUUGCUCCACUACCAAUCCCUGCCUCGAUUUCAGCAGAAUUACCGGAGUCCCUACGUUUUCUCCCCACCAUCCCCAUCAUCCUCGAAUUCGAGAAAUCAUCCAAGUGGCCGGAUGACUUAAAAGCGAUUCAGAAAAUCAAGCUCGCUUUCUUUGAAACUAUCGCCCAAUCACUUAUGUCUUCAAACCCCGGACUCAAGGCGUCAAUUGCUACCGGCGGUAGCUCAAAUCCAUUCCAAGGAUACGCUGCGCUAGAAAUAUUCACUGCUGAAGGCUGGUCAUUCUCUGCGUUCAUUUGGCACGAUCGAGAGGCAACUUUGCUUGAUCGAAUCAUUGACCCCGGCAAGAUGUUUGUCAGUCCCAGCGACCAAAAAUAUAACGCGCAGGAACAACGCGAAGCCAAGGUCGCCCAGGAACUUUACACGCGGCGAUUUAUCCAUGCCCCACGACACCAUCGUGCCAUCGUCAAUCUUUGCCACAAGUACAGCGCAUACUCCGGCACCGUCCGCCUUGUCAAGCGCUGGCUUGCUGCACAUUGGCUUUUGCAAACCCACGUCUCAGAGGAGGCUAUUGAAAUCAUUUGUGCACUACCAUUUGUUGGUGGAAAGCAGACAUCGACAGAGAGCGCUGCUGCUGUACCUCAUAGUAAAGAACGUGGUUUCUCCCUCGUCUUAGAAUUCUUAACAGAUUGGGAUUGGAAGGAGCCACUUUGUCUUACAUUGUAUGAGGAUGAUCCCUCGGCAACGGCACCUGAAAUGUGGACGUCAAAUGGCCCGGAUGCAAUUGCUGUCCACCGUCUUCGCGCAUUUGCUAGGGAGGCCAGCAAAGCACUUCGUAACGCAGAGACGGAAUUGGAUAUCAAGAGCCUCUUCUUACAUUCCACCGAUGACUACGAUAUUGUUAUCCAAUUAAACCCUACAGUUUUACCAAGGUACCACCAAAACAUCAAUGCGGAAUCGAGUGUUUGGACUAGAGACGCUCAUUUGGGCAUAACGGAGUCGACGCCUCGCCCAGGAUUUGAUCCUCUUCCCCUGUUUCUCGCCGAUCUGCAGAGCACGUACGCAGAUACACUAAAAUUCUUUGCUGAUUCCUUUGGAGGUGAUCGCAUUGGAGCAAUUUGGCUUCCGAGUUUGGGAGCACCCCGUCCCUUCCGUGCACUAGCAGGUUUUUCGAGCAAGCCAUUAGCCAAGGAGGAUAAAGCGAAGGACAAGGAUCUUGUCAUGUUAAAUCGGCAGGCUGUUCUGGACGAGAUAGGUCGAUUAGGAACAGGUUUGGUCCAAAAAAUCAUCGUACAUGAACCCAUGUAGUCGUAUGCACGCAUCAUCUACAACCAAUUUAGCGGAAACGACAAUGCUACAAUAUCACAGGCUCAAAACUUGAAAACCAGAGGGAGCGUGGUCCUUUGCGUUGAAUCGAGUGUCUGCCUCAUUUGCAUAUUCCGCUCGCGGUGUGAUGCUACAUUUAAAUGGCUUAUACUCACUCAAUGCAUUUGCUUUUCAGGUUAUCCUCUAUGCGAGUUUAUAUCCAGCACGCUAGUAAUUGGUGCAUAGUACGGCCCAGGCAUCGGGUAGUGUAACCCUUUAGAAGUACUCGUCUAGCCGUUAACUAGGCUAGCAUCUCAUUGCCUUUAAACUUCCUCGCCAGUCAUUGUUGCUGAUUUUCACCUGCC